AUGGCAUAUCUUCAUCUUGCGCACACGUUGGCAGAUGCUUUCAACGCCCUUGCUGAUGAAGUCCAGACCUUGACAGAUCGAAAGACCGUCUUGGAGCACAAGCUUCGCUUUGCUCAUGAACAGUUCCAGUAUCUGGCUGACAAAUAUGCUCCAGCCGCGCCAGAAAUAGCUGAUACCCUGGCCAAGCUCCAGAUACCUCCGUAUACAUCUGUUGAUAAUUCAUUGCCUGUUCCUCUUCCACGCGCGUACAGCUCCGGUUCCCAACACCAGCUUGCCCUCGUCAUCCGUGACGGACGCCGAGUAGCUAAUCAGCUUGCCUCGCUGGGCGAAACGAGUAAAACCACUGGCACUGGCUCCAGCAGAGAGACCGAGUCGCAACCUUCCCACGUAGCCACUUCCAUGUCGACGGCGCUAGAACAAGACUUCACGGUCCAAGGAAAGAAGGGCCAUCUUCAAUGCCCGUUCUCCAAGCCUGCCACGGCUAGCGGCUCUGGGGCCCGCGACGAAGAUGCACAGGACACAACUCCACAUCAUUCGACGGACCCUAUCUGCGCAGCCAUGUACGAAGAAUCUACUUCUCAGCAAGCCCGCACAAACACAAACGGCUCAUCAGCUGUCAAGUGUCCCAUUCGUUACAUGGACAAACACUCUGCUGAGGAGAUCGCCCACUAUGUUGAGACGCACAAACAUGAACUCCCCCGAAGCCAUGAAGUUUGCCUCCGCCGGUACCAACGUGACGAAGAUCAAAUCAAGAAGAUAGAUUCCAAGUAUGGCGAUAUAGUGAGCAUGAUUGAAGGGCUGGGUCAGCUUCACCAACCUAUGCUACCCGAGGCUGAACAGGAUCCGAAUCGACCAAAUGACGUGGCCCAGCCAUCUAAUGAAAGAGUUGAGAACUGGGCACAAGCUGUUAGUGUAAAUUCGGACCCGGAUAAUACACAGGUGCCGACUCUGGAGGAUGGAGACCGGCAGAGUCAUUUCGAUCGGCCCCUAAAGGAAGUACGUGUUGGAGAAUCGCCCAGUCGGCCUUGGGGAAUAUCUAUUCCAGUCUACGACCUCCCAGGCCAAGGCGACGACCAACCUCUCUCACCACCACCGGCGCCUGUCUGUAUGCCGAUUUCCGCACAAGCUGCAACCAGUGCCCAAGAAUCAAUAAAGAAGACGCCAGGCAAAUGUCCAUUUGAUCAUACAAAAUUGGCUGCCAUGGGUGUGCCCUCACCAUUCAAACAUGACGCCCCCCCUAAAGUACCAGAACACACGGUUUCAUCCUCACCUCAUAAGGAGGGCGGACCCCCUCCACCCCCUCCACAUCAACAUCAAUACCAAUACCAACAUCAACAUACGUCACCUCCUCAGCCUGCCUUCAUCAACCCUGAUAUGACCAAAGGGACAAACGACGGACCUCAAAUGAUCUUCACUGGGCCUGUUUUCAUUGGGUAUCCAAUGGAUCAGGCUAUACAAUUUAUGAACCAAUAUAGGGGGAACCAGUAA